AUGAGCAAAGACUGCGCAAGGGCCGAGUUAAUUUUAACUACCCGGCGGUUAGAGAACAUGGAGCCUGCAGGAGAAGCAGAGGAGCUGGGACCUCGCUCAGAAGUGCUCCUGGACACUGUUCUCGAGGUGGGACAGAGGCUCUUUCAGGUCAGCCGCAGGGCGCUCGCGCUGCACAGCCCUUACUUCCAAGCCAUGUUUUUUGGGGGCACAAGGGAGAGCUCUGAGCACCAUAUAGUGAUCAGAGGAAUGGAUGCAGUGUCUUUCCAGGCCCUCCUGGAGUUCACUCGCACGGCCCAAGUGCUCAUAGAUCAAGGAAAUGUCACCAGCUUACUGGAAGCAGCCGAUUUUUUUCAGUUUGACAGUGUGAAACUGUUUUGUGAGAAAUUCUUGGAGAGAGAGCUGCAUGUUUCCAACUGCCUGGGCCUGGCGACUUACUCGCAGCAGUUUGGCUGUGUGGAGCUGCACGCGUCUGCCGUGAACGUGGCGCUCACUCACUGGGGGGAUGUGAUGUGCGAGGAAGAAUUUAAGGCACUGCCCAAAGAAAUGCUGAUGCAAUUCUUGCAGAGCGAUGACCUCUUUGUUCCUCGAGAAGAUGUGGUUUUUGACAGUGUUAUUAGGUGGAUAAUGGAGGACCCAGCAACAAGGGAGGAAGACUUCUUGGAUUUGGUGGGAGAAGUCAGAGUCACUUUCCUCAGUCUGUCCUUCCUUGAUAUUUUGGUGAAACGCAGCAAGCGCCCUGGAGAGAAAGAUGUUUUCUCCAGAUUAAUAAGGAAGUUAGACAGCUGCCCUCCACCCAGCUGGCAAAAUAUGGAACUGUCUCCUCGUGCCAGCCGGAGCUAUGACACCGUGUAUGUCCUGGGAGGAAGACACGACAAAGAGCAGCAAGAAUUAUUCCUCUUUCAGCCCAAGACAGGGACGUGGCAGGCUCGCUGUCCCCUGCAGCGCAGGAACCUCACGCAGUACGCGGUGGCAGCAGUAGGGAAUUUUCUUUUUGUGACAGGAGGAUACUUCCGGGAUGAGUUUGUGUGGUACAGUGUGGAUUGGGUGCUCAUCUACAAUUGCUUGGACAACAGCUGGCUGGAAGGGCCUGCCAUGAAGAAGUCCCGCAACAGUCACUGUGCGGUAGGAGCAGGGCUCUACCUCUACGUGCUCGGAGGGAGCACGGAUGAAGGGAUAAUUCCAGCUGUGGAGCGCCUGGCUUUGAUGGACUCGGAGUGGGAGAGCAUGAGCCCCAUGGCUCAGCCUGUGGAGAGGGGAGAUGCGGUCAGUGUAGGAACCAGAAUCUACGUGGUCUGUGGCCUGGAUGAAAACGGACACGUUUAUGGUGGAGUGCAAAGGCUGGACACGGAGACGGACAUCUGGGAUGUCAUCUCCUUCUCCCCGCUUCCCAGGUACGAUCUGUGUGUCACAGAACUGAACGGUGCCCUGUACACCAUCGGAGGGGGAGCUCUGCGGUUCGACGUGAACACGGACGAAUGGACCCACGUGGAUGAGGAAUGUUUGACCCAGAAGUUUUACAUGGGCUGCAGCACCGCCAACGGCCAAAUUUAUCUCCUUGGCCAGAGAAAGGGCAACAGCGGCCUCCCCAGCGUCGUGCUCUUCGACCCCUACACUGACCUGUGCCAGGUUAUAGACAACAAACUCCCUUGCCCCCUUCCUAUUCAUGGGUGCGUUUCUGUCCGGAGAUUUGAUACCUGGGUGUAA